AAUAUAUUGUCCUACAUUAUAUAUUAUCUAUAAUUUGUUAUUACAUUAUAUAUUGUCAAUAAUUUAGACUUGGAUUUGUGAAACUAACCAUUUGGCUAAUUAUUAGUUUUGGGACUUGAACCCAUGAUACAACAUUCUAGUUGUAUCAAACGAUUUUUUUUAUAAUCUAAUGUCAAAAGUUGGCUGUUUCUUGUUUAUCCUUGUGGCUUCGACUUCCCCUGGCAACUGAAACAUCUGCGGGAUUCGUCGAUGAGGAAGAUACUUCUGAAAUCAGCUGUUUCAUAACAAAGUACUUUAUUUGUAAACAUAAAUAAUGUAAAACGCAUUAUUUUUAAUGCAUAAAUAUGGAGAUAGUAAAGCAUUUAGUUAAGGAAAAACUGGGUGUAAAGGUGAGCAUAUAGCAGGCUUACUGAUAUUGUUUAUAGUAUUACCAAUGACAGAAGCUGGCUAAAGAAGCAUGUCUGAAGCACCCGUAAUUUGCACUUUGCCAGUGUUUACUUCCCCUGCUCAGCAAAUAACUUUUUAUGCUGAUGACCCAACUUCUUAUCAACAGGUGCUCACAAUACUAAAUCCAUGUGAGUUUCCUGUAAGGUUCCAAAUUCUGGUUCAGUCUUCUGACCUCACUAGAUAUUCCUUGAAUGUCCCGCAUGGUUUUAUCAAAGCGCAGCAUAGAGUGCUGGUAAUAAUCCAACACAACUCUAUAACAUCUUCCAGUAUUGGUGUUAUGGAUAAGCUUAAGAUAUCCAUGUCAUGUAAAAAACCUGGGAUAAGCUUCAAUAAAAAGGAGCUUCCCAUGAUUUUGUUUGCUUCGCGGGGACAAUCGACUGAGCCAAUUUUAUCACUAGAUUCAGCUGAUUAUAUUUCUCAUCAGUCAGCAGAAACAAAAAGUUUACAUAGCUCAAGGCAGCAUGCAAUUGUAACAGAAACUAGACAUGGCUCAGAUACAGAUAUUGUCAAGAAAUUUCAAGGAUACCUUAUUGCAUUUAUUUUAGGUUUUCUUGUUUGCAUGUGGUGGAAGUCAUGACAGCUGUUUUUAUUUUAUUCAAAGUUAAUCUUCAAAAGGAAAGAUAUAUAUAGUGUGCCUACAAUUUAAUUUUCUAUUAUUUUGCCUCUUUUAAAUGUUAAAUCAUUUUUGAAUUCCUUCAUUUCUAUCUUCAAGAAAAGUGAAAAUAUAUAUAUAAUGCUUACUUAUAUAUAUAUAAAUAUGUGAAAAUAUAUAUAAUACCUAUCUGUAUUUGCCUAUGAUGAGUAUUCUCCUGGACUCUUAAAAGAAACUGUGUGUGGCUAUUUUUUAUCCUUGUACAUAAAAUCAUUUAAUGAAAUGCUCUUACUAUUUUAUAUAUUGUGUGAAUAUUUUAAUUUUCCUGUUUUAUGUGAGUGUAUAUGUGUCAGUGAGUGAUGUAAAUAAGAGGCUUGUAAAUUUGAUGUAUAUUGCAUUAUGCACAUCUUUAGUUAUAGUGUUUUAUUUAAAGAAACUUUGUGAUAAAUAUAGGGCUUCAAUUGAUACAAAUCAAUUUUUAAUUUAAUAAUUAUUGUCUGAUAAUGAUUGUUUUGUGAUAAUUAAAGCAAGUUUCAUAUUGUAUCCCAACUUUAUUGCCUCUAUUCUCAACUGCGAUAAAUAUUCCUAAUACAUACGUCUUUUUCUUUUUGGUUGUGUGAAGUAAUUAAAAAGAUGAUCUUGUA